GAGGGCAUCUCUGAAGAAGAAGAAUUUUCUGAAAGAUAAAUGUGAAACUAGUGAUGAUCCCUACUUUCGUCCUGGAGGUCAACUUGGAAGUGAAUCUGAUCUUCUCUCAAAUGCUGGAACUUUACAAAAACCAUCUCCACUUACGCCUUCGUUUAUACGACCACGAUCAAAAUAUGAAAAUGAUUCAAUAUCAUUAGAGCGGCGUAAUUCUAACAGUUCUGUUGUUUCAACAAGUAUGUCAAUGUCUUCGGACUCUCUUAAAAAGACCAAUCCAUUCACUUUUCCGGUCACUCACAUUACGGAACCACAACGUAUGAAACGAUCUCAUAGACGCACUUCUUCAGUGACAUUAAGUACUGUAGAUGUAGAAAAUAUUACCCAUCAAACACAUCAAAGGCUCAUUAAUAAUAAUUUCCGUUGUUCAUCACAAUCAUAUAGUUUACGUCGAUCAGUAUUAUCCAACACCAUUGAGUCAUACUCAUUCAUAGAUAAUGACCAUGAUACAAGUCGUGGUUCAAGCGUUAAAUCAGUUAAUUCCCUUAAAUGGGUCGGAUUUAAUGAUUCAAUUACUGAUAUUCAAAAUGGAAGAAAAUUGUCUUUACAUGUACGAAAUGAUUUUAAUCGGAAGAGCAAUGAUAUUCGUGAAUCAAAUUUACAAGAUGAAUAUAUAAUUCAUGGUGAUUAUAUUGAUACCACAAAUAGAAGUAAUGCAAGUCAAUAUUAUAAUGGAAGAAAUAGUGUACCUGUUAUUCCAAAACAGGAGGGCAUCUCUGAAGAAGAAGAAUUUUCUGAAAGAUAUGGAAAUUAUGAAAGUAGUUCCGAGCGUACUUCUAAAGAAAGUGAAUCAAUUGACAAGUUCAGUUAUCACUCAAUCUCUUCUCAAAGUUCAAUAUAUUCAAGUGACUCUGAAGAUAAAAGAAAAGUCAGAAAAUCAAAGCGGUCAUCUAAAAGAACCAGUAAAGUGUCAUUUGCUCCAACUGACGAAAAAAUUGAAUUUGAUGAAUCAGAAUCAUCAAAAAAUGUUUAUUUAGCCCGUAUGUCUGCGCGAUCGAGUCAAAGUAGCACGUCAAGCAAUUAA